AUGUACAAGCAAAUCCGUGCGCAGACGGCCAGUUUCGUUCGCGGCUUCUACUCCAUAAUUAACCCUGAUUGGUUGGCAAUGUUCUCUCCCAUCGAACUGCAGCAGCUCAUCUCCGGAGACUCUGUUCUAAUUGAUCUGGAGGAUCUGAAGAACGCAUUUUCAUUUGUGACGAGUUGCUCAAAGCCCCCACUCCUCGGUUUUGCCUACUUAGAGCCACCAUUCUGCAUUCGAUGCGUCCAGUACACCAACGAGGACCAGGAUGUCGGAGAUACGCUGGGUUCGGUGCUUAAAGGCUUCUUCGGUUUUGGAAGUCGCCGUGGUGAAGAACAGGCUCGUUUACCCUCAGCCUCUACUUGUUUCAAUUUGCUAAAAUUACCCAACUACGCUUCGCGAUCAGUGCUGCGCGACAAGCUGCGCUACGCCAUAAACAGUAACUCGGGAUUCGAACUCUCCUGA